AUGUCCACCCAAGAGCUCUACGAUCAUGUUACCGAGCGCUACAGUGCAGCGUCCCGAGGCACCGCCCUUGAGUACGGAGCCUCAGUCGCCAAAGCGUUCGGCUACUCGGAAGAGGAGCUCGCAGAUAUUCCUAAGGAGUCCAACUUGGGUCUGAGCUGUGGCAACCCGAUGGCCAUGGCGAGCAUACGCGAGGGAGAGACAGUCAUCGACCUGGGCAGCGGCGCCGGCUUCGAUGUCUUCCUCGCUGCCAACAAGGUCUGGCCCAGCGGGAAGGUCAUCGGCGUCGACAUGAACAAGGCAAGUCACGCCUGUUUCUCCCUCACGUACUCGUGCCGAGCGAACACAGCUAACUCCGGCGGCCAGGACAUGCUCGCCCGUGCCAACGAGAUCAAGGCCAAGCACAAGAAGACCAACGUCAGCUUCGUCGACGCCCAGAUCACAGACAUGUCCGCCAUCCCCUCGGGCACGGCCGACUGCGUCAUCAGCAACUGCGUCAUCAACCUCGUGCCCGAGGCGGACAAGCCGCUUGUCUUCCAGGAGAUGCACCGCCUGCUCAAGCCCGGCGGACGUAUCGCGAUCUCAGACAUUCUGGCCAAGAAACCCCUGCCGGAGAGGCUCAGGGCCAACAUGGCGCUGUAUGUCGGCUGCGUCUCCGGGGCGAGCCUGGUCGGGCAGUACGAGCGGUACCUGGCGGAGGCGGGGUUCGAGGCCCGGAGCGUUGUGAUCAGGGACGAUGGUGCCGACUUGAAUGUAUAUCUCGAGACCAACCCGGACGGGACGAGGACGGUCGGUGGGACUGGAGGCAACUUGUGUUGUAAUCCGAGCAUUCCAAGUGCUGCUCCCGCUGCCCCUUCUGCCCCGGCUGCGUCGUCCUGCUGUUCCACGAAACCGGCCGUAGACCAGCCUUCUACGACAGAAUCCUCCUCUUGCUGCUCUGCGGAGAAGAAAUCCGCCCCGGUGGUAGCUCCUGCUUCGUCUAGCUUCUUCGGAGGCAAGUCGAAGGCUGACGCGGUCAUGGAAUCUGCUGCUGCUGCCGCCGCGGCGGCUUCGUCGUCUUCGUCGUGCUGUGGAGGAGGGAGCAAGCGGGAUCAGUCGUAUGCGUUCGACGACAAGGAUUUGGCCGAUCUGGAAGGCGAGAACCUGAACGACUGGGCUGGAUCGUACAAGAUCUAUGCCGUUAAGUCUUGA